AUGGGAGUUCCCAAGUUCUAUCGCUGGCUCAGCGAGCGAUACCCCUGCAUCAACGAGAAUGUCAACCAAAGCAAUAUGCCCGAAUUUGACAACUUCUACGUGGACAUGAACGGCGUCUUCCACAUCUGCUCCCACCCGAGCGAUGACGUCCACUUUCGCCUCACCGAGGCGCAGAUCUUCGAGAACAUCGGCGUCUACGUCGAGUUCCUCUUCAACCUCGUCCAGCCGAAGAAGGUCUUCUUCCUCUCGGUGGACGGCGUCGCGCCGCGCUCCAAGAUGAACCAGCAGCGCUCUCGGCGGUACCGCACCGCCAAGGAGGCCAUUGAGAAGGAGGAGAAGGCGAAGCGGCUGGGCGAGACGCUGCCCACUGACCCCCGAUUCGACUCGAACUGCAUCACCCCUGGUACUGAGUUCAUGGGCAAACUGCACGACUACAUGGUGGCCUUCCUCAAGCAGAAGGUGCAGGCCAACGCAUCAUGGCGCGAGGUGGAGGUCAUCUACUCAGGCUACGACGUGCCCGGUGAGGGCGAGCACAAAAUCAUGGACUACGUCCGCUUCAGCAAGACAAAGGCGGCCACCACGGCAAAGACCGUCGUCCGCCACUGCCUCUACGGCCUCGACGCCGACCUGAUCAAUCUCGGCCUGAGCUGCCACGAGCCCUACUUUUCACUGCUCCGCGAGGAGGUCAACUUCAACAAAAACGCCAAACGACACUGCGAUCCCUUCAAAACCAAUUUCCAGCUGCUGCAUCUCUCCAUCCUCCGCGACUACCUCAACAUGGAGUUCGUCGAUCUGAAGCCUCGCCUCUCCUUCGAGUACAGCCUAGAAAAUAUCAUCGACGACUGGAUCCUGAUGAACUUCCUCAUCGGCAACGACUUUCUCCCGCACAUACCCAAGUUCCACGUGGACAAGGGCAGCAUACAGAUACUCUACGACACGUACAAAGAGGUCCUGCCCACUCUGGACGGCUACCUCAACCACGAGGGCACCAUUCAGCUGGAGCGCUACCGAAAGUACCUGCAAAAGCUGGCCCAGUACGACAUGGACCUGUUCAACGGAACGACCGUCGACUUGAAGUACUUCAACCAGGACCUUAACGCCAUCACCUUUGGCGACAACGGCGACAAUGCGCCGCUGGAUGACUUUGAAUUUGAGGCGCUGCCUGAGGAGUCGACAGACGACGACGACGAGGAAUCGUCCGAUGAGAAGGACGACACAUUCGACGACGACGACACGCUGGAGGAGGACAUUGAGGAGGAGUUCACCGUACACAAGAACAACUACUACCGGACAAAGCUGCACUUUAAGGACCUCGAGGGUGAGGUGCUGAACAUCGUCAACGAGUACAUCAAGGGCGUGCAGUGGGUCCUCUUCUACUACUUCAACGGCUGCGUCAGCUGGAACUGGUUCUACCCCUUCUACUACGCGCCCUACGUCAGCGACCUUUCCAAAUUUGACAUUGUCGACUACAAGUUCGAGAAGAGUCGACCCUUUAAGCCGCUGGUGCAGCUGCUGGCGGUUCUUCCCCAUCAGAGCAAGGACUUCCUUCCCAAGGCCUGCCAAAAUCUGACGGGGGGCGCCGAUUCCGCCUUGAGAGAGUUUUAUCCCAAGAACGUGGAGAUUGACAUGAACGAGAAGAUUCACGACUACGAGGCCAUUGUCCUCAUUCCCUUCAUCGAGGAGGAGAAGCUCCUCUCCGUCUAUGGGCAGUACGAGGCGCAACUGACGGAGGAGGAGAUGCACCGAAACCGCAUCGGCGGCCACUACAGUCUGAAGCACAUUGACGAUGCCAGUCAGGCCGACGACCCGGACUUUCCCAACCUGAAGCUGACCCUCCUCGACCAGGAGCACUUUAUCCUGCCGCCGGAGCUGAUCUUCAAGGGCGUCCGCCACAACGUCGACUUGAAGGAAAUUAUCGGCUUUCCCACGCUGAGCGGCAUUCGCUACCGCUCUAAACUAGAGGCAAAUGCCCGUCUGAAGGUGUUCCGCUUCAACUCGCAAAACCCCAGCAUGAUGAUCACGGUGCUGCCGUCGGAGCUGACCGCCGAGCAGCUGGCAGAGUACGCCCGAGCCCAUCUGGGCACCAUGGUCUACAUCAACUGGCCGCUGCUCUCGGAGGCGAAGCUGCUGGAGCUGGUGUCCACUGACAAGAAGUACUACCUCAGCUCGGCUGGGGGUGGUCAAUCGGUGGCCUCUGACACGCCCUCGAAACUGGAUCUCGGCUAUGCGAAGCAGUCCUCGGCGAGUCACUGCUCCGCCCUGCGCAACCGCAAGGGCGUCAUCCUCGACAAGGUGGGCGUGCUGGCAAAGGUCGUCCCGUUGCAGUCGCAGCGCUACAUCAUCACCGGCGGCCGCCUGGUGCUGCACAAGGAGUGGGCCAAGGCGGAGCAGUACAUUCCCCUAGAGCUGGUCAUUCCCAGCCGGAAGGGCGAGGGCGCGAAGACGGUGCAGCAGCAGCCACAUCGAACGCUGAAGGACGUCUUCCAGCGAGGGCGAGCCUUUUUCCUGCUGGGCCAGCCGUACUACGGCUGCCGGGGCGAGGUGCUCGAGUACCUGAAGACGCGCAAUCUGGUGCGCACGAGGAUCACCGUCGCCGCGGAGCCCGACUUUGAGGAGAUCAAGGAACACUGCGACGCCAUCCUUGACGAGCACUACAUCCUCGAGGGGCAGCUGGCGCGGAAGCUCAAAUCGACGUUGGGCGUCAACGAGAACGCCAUCCGCCGCCUCUUUGGCUCCGUCAUUGUCUGCUACAAGUCGGCGGAGAAGGGCAAAGGCAGUGGAAAGGAGCGCAAGAUGAACCUCGGACUGAAGUUGAAGUAUCGCUCCAACUACGAGCAGAACAUUAAGCCGCACUGCGUGCCCGGUUGGUCGAUUGCCGAGGGCAAUGAGCUGUACUACAAUCGGAAGCUGGUGGAGGUGUUCAAGGAGUACCAGGCAAAGUUUGGCGUCGUCUUCUCCAUGCUCACCAAGCAGCACAAGUCGCUCUACGAGAUUAAUGAUCUCUUUGAGGAUCCGGCGCUCGAUAAGGGAGAAAAGGUGAAGAUGCUGAGCGAGAUUCGCGACUGGCUCGACUCGUUGGAGCUCUCCAAGAUUGGCCACUACAAGUCAAGUGCGCGCAAUCUGGACAACUGCAUUGUGAAGGCCAUUGAGGAGACGAUUGAGUCCCAUUCGGUCCUAAUGGCGGAGACGUACACGGAGGAGAAAGAGCUCCCGCCCGCGCACUUCUUCACCGGCGAGUUCGUCCUCAAGGGCAGCACACUGCCCGACCCGAAGGUGAAGUUCUACCUGUACGAUCGGGUGGUGAACGUGCGCAAGUGCAUCGCCGUGCCCUACGGAGCCAAGGGCACCGUCAUCGGCAUCUACGGCAAGGACGACGAGCUGAGCAAUGCUCGCGGCGGAGGAAAUUCAGGCGGCGACGACGCCGACACGCCGGUCAAGCUGGCGGCAAGGGACGACGAGCCGGCGGACGCGGUGGAGCGGCUGAUGGCCGCCGUCAUUGAGGUGCUCUUUGACGAGCCCUUUGACGGCGGGCUGAAGACGCGCAGCACCAAGGCGAACAUCUACAAGAUGCAGGCCGCCUGGCUGAUCAACCUCACCUACGGCGUGAAGGCGGGCGGCAGUGGGGCGGUGGGCACUCGAUCCGCCCACUUUCGCAACUCCUACCAGCCCAUUCAGCAGGGAAUGAUGAUCAACGGAUAUGGACAGCAGGGGCAAGGGCUGCAGCCAAAGUCGUCGACGCCAAAGGUGCCCGUGAAGCAGCACCAGCCGCCCUAUCUGCUGGCGGUGAAGGGCCCGCCGCCCAAGUUUGACAAUGUCGGAGGGGGAAGCAGCGCUGCCUCCGUUGCUGCUACUGCUGCCCUUGCUCGUGCUGGGAUUGGUCGGAUGGUCUUUAAGAACCCCAACUAUUACCAGCCAAAGCCAAAUCAUCAACAGCAGCAGCAGCCGAAUCAUCAGCCGAAUUAUCAUCAACAGCAGCAGCUGCAACUGCUGCAAAAGUUCAACCACUCUGAGACGUCGCCCUUUAAGAUUCUCACCAGGGCUGCCGGUGUGGGCGUUGCUCCUAACAAUACUCAAGCUAACGGAGGGGGUGGAGUUCAUCAUCAGCAACCACAGCAGCAGCUUCCGCAGCAACAACAACAGCCGUUGCCGCCGCCGCCUGUAUUGCCGCCACAGCCGCUACGACCGACAGCGGCGGUCUUUGAGCCAGUGCUCCCAUCGGUUGGCUACACUGGGGCCCAAAUUUCCCAGCUGCUGAAGGACAUGAUGAACAUUAAUGGAGGUGUAGGAGGUACAGCAGGUCUCUGGUCUUUGAAGUGUGCCUUACAUUAG